CUGCUACUUUCACGAUUAAUCGGGAAGGGAGUGAGUGCAUUUGCAUUUCCAUUUUAUCUUGAAAAUCCUCAAGUCGGAGUUUGUUCUUAGCGGCUUUGGGGAACGUGUGCACCUCUUUAUCUCGUUGUUCCGAGUCAAUUCCAGUUUGCUGGACAUUACGCAUUAUCUUCCUCCUCACGGAAACGUCUCCCUCACCUCAAUCCCACCACCACCACAACAUAUCGAAAUGGCGCAGCUCGCCAUGGGCAGCAGGCUAUUGCGCUGCCAGAACGCAAGCACUCUCGGUCAAGCUGUUGGAUCUUUUUCACAGAAGCGCACGUACCUCACUAAAGUGCCCACCUUCAAGCGCGCGCCCCAGAAGCUGAAACCGGGCCUCAACAAAUUCCGCGAUGAGGUGUUCAUCCCGCUCAACCUGACGGAGCAGCAGAAGCUCCUGAUCUACCGGAAGAAGCACCAGGGCACCCUGGACGAGCACCCGGUGACGGUGGCGAUCAGCGAGAAGGAGGAGUACCAGCUGCGGCCGAUGGAGUUCACGGCGCAGCCGCGCAACGCGGAGGCCAACGCGGUGAUCCGCCGAAUGCGGUCGGCGGAGGACUGGAAGGUGCUGCCGGCGUUCCUGACGGCGCUGCACCAGGUGAACCGCAAGCUGAACAUGGAGAUGGUGGUGCGGCGCGCGGGCCGCAACAACGCGAUGCUCGCCAUCCUGGAGGCGGCCAAGGCGAAGACCACCGGGUUCUCGCUGCGGGAGCCGCGGCUGGUGGAGAAGAUCUUCUUCGAGCUGCACCUGCGCGCCCAGGCCGAGGGCUUCAAGGGCCCCGAGCUCGACCGCCUGCUCUCGCUCGCCGAGGAGUUCGUGGACGUCAUGUCGCUGCCCCGCCACGCCAACCGCCUCCUGAGCCAGGACGCCCGCCGCCGCCCCGCCGUCAUCGCCGUCCUGCUCGAGCUCAGCGCCGCCCGCGCCCUCGACCGCUUCGCCGGCAAGGACGCCGACGGCCUCGUCCGCGCCUACAGCGACCGUCUGCUCGCCAGCUUGGAGCACAGCUUCCACCUGGACAUGAACCCGCCCCAGAUCAAGGUGCCCGUGACCACGAACGUCGCCGAGGACGCGUCUUCGUCCGAGAACCCCCUCGCGGCGGCCGAGAGGAUCCAGAAGAAAGAGUACCGAAACUACCAGGAGACCGAACUGCGCCUGGAGCAGAAUGUCCCCAUUUUCCACGCCCUCCGGCUGGCCCAGAAGUUGCCCCUCAGCGCCACAACCUUGAAGGCUUUCCAAAAGCACGAGCAGGCCCUGCGUCAGUGGAUCAAGAUCCAGAAGAAUGCCGCCCCAACGUUGGCCCGGCAAAAGCCCGGACGGGGCUCUCGGCAGGUCGCGGCCUUAGUUAAUUGAUCUAAAGCCAGGAUCGGUUUUGUCUAAUUUGCCGCCAGGCUUGUCUAUGCCUUUUCCCUUUUUUUUGUACAUUACCAUGAUCUUUUCUCAGAAUCGCUCGGAGCUAUAUUGUGUAUUCAAAAA